UGUUGCCAUUUAUCAUUCAACAUGGUCUUCAACCCAACUGGAAGAAGAUCUGGCUCAUUUUCCUCCGUUCUUUCAAAUAGAAGUUGGUCUUCAACCGACACUUAUAUUUGCUAAGAUAGUUUGGUAUCGAUACGUACUGAACCUUUCUAAAAAUGGUUUCUGCUUGGAGUCUGGGAGAUUGGUUUUAUUGGACUUGUGAGAACGAGUUAUUUGAUCUGGGAAACUCAUGUGCUCAAAGAAGAUUAAUAGAUGCUGUAAACCUUGUCUUUCUUCUAAUUUCAGUUUUGGGUUUUCUAAUAUCAUAUUUCAGAAGAGAAGGUCCGCAUGGGAGGAUAAAUAGAAGCUGGGAUUCUUUCAUUGCUUCACUGCUGUGUGCAGUGCUUAGCAUUUCAUGUUUCAGUCUCAGCUUCUGGGCUCUAUUUGGUGGAAGCAGUAGUCUUUUUCAGUUGAGUUGGCUGGUUUAUUUUGUUAGAGGGAUAAUUUGGAUAUCUUUGGCCUUUUCUAUAUAUAUUUAUUCUCCUAAAUGGCUCAGAACUAUACUUUUAAGUUGGUGGAUUACAUUUUCAGUUCUGAUAUCUGUUUUUAAUCUGGAAAUGCUUAUCAGAAGAUCAGGAUUUCAAAUCCUUGACUUGAUUUCAUGGCCUGAGAAUUUGUUGCUCCUUUACUGUGCUUUCAAGUUGGCAGCGAGAACCAGUUUGAAUAAGAAUCUUGAGAGUGGUAGCUUAUCCAGCCCGCUACUGCUCGAUCGAAAUGAAAGAAGAACAAAUUCAAGUAAAGCUAGCUUGUUUAGCAGGUUGACAUUUUCAUGGUUGAAUCCAUUGCUCCGCUUAGGAUCAUCCAAGCCACUGACUCUUGAAGACAUUCCAGCUUUAGAUUUUGAUGAUGAGGCAUUCUCAGCUUACCAAACUUUCAGUAGAGCAUGGGAAUUUGAGAGGAAGAACAGAUCAAUAACUAGAAACUUGGUUCUCAAAUCAUUAGCCAAGUGCUUCAAGAAAGAAAUGGCAUUAGUUGGAUUCUAUGCAUUACUAAAAUCAGUGUCUGUUGCAGCUUCACCUUUAAUACUCUACGCCUUUAUUUUAUUUUCAAACCAAGAAGAGAAAGAUCUUAAAUUUGGCUUCUUUUUGAUUAUCUGUCUUUCCCUUUUAAAGUUUGUUGACUCCAUCUCUCAGAGGCAUUGGUUUUUUAAUUCAAGAAGGGUUGGAAUGAGGAUGCGCUCUGCCGUUAUGGCUGCCAUUUUUCAGAAGCAGUUAGGACUUUCAAGCCAGGGAAGGAGAAGGCAUUCAACUGGAGAGAUUGUAAACUACAUAGCAGUAGAUGCAUAUAGGCUUGGAGAGUUUCCAUGGUGGUUUCAUAUGGCAUGGAGCUGUCCUCUUCAAAUACUACUCUCAAUUAUUGUACUAAUUAUAACUGUUGGUGUAGGAGGAGCACUCCCAGGUCUGAUUCCAUUGAUCAUUUUCGGCUUCCUCAAUGUCCCCAUUGCAAAGAUUAUGCAGUACUAUCAAGCACAGUUCAUGCUUGCUCAGGAUGAAAGGUUGAGAGCAACUUCAGAAGUACUGAACAAUAUGAAGAUCAUCAAGUUGCAAUCAUGGGAAGAUAAGUUCAGAAGAACGGUUGAAUCUCUAAGGGACUUGGAGUUCAAAUGGUUGAGAGAUAUCCAAAUCACAAAAUCAUAUGGAAGUGCACUGUAUUGGAUGGCACCAACUGUUGUUUCUGCUGUAAUUUUUGCAGGAACUGCAGCUCUGAAGAGUGCUCCUCUCAAUGCCAGUACAAUUUUUACAGUUCUGGCGACGUUAAGAGUUAUGUCAGAGCCAGUCAGAAUGUUACCAGAAGCUCUUUCAGUCCUCAUCCAAGUAAAGGUUUCCUUGGAUCGAAUCGAUGUUUUUUUAUUAGAAGAUGAGAUCAAAGAAGAGAAUGUGCAAAGAAACACAUUAAAUAAUGUGAACCACGGCAUUGAAGUGCAUAAUGGUUGCUUCAGUUGGGAUUUAGAUGCAGCUAUUCCAGCUCUUAAGAACAUUAAUUUGGAAAUUAGAAGAGGACAGAAGAUUGCUGUUUGUGGACCAGUUGGUGCAGGAAAGUCAUCACUUCUAUAUGCAAUACUUGGAGAGAUACCUAAAGUUUCAGGAUCUGUUAAUGUAUUUGGUACAAUUGCUUAUGUUUCACAAACAUCAUGGAUUCAAAGUGGAACUAUUCAGGAUAACAUAUUAUUUGGGAAGCGCAUGAACAAGGAACGGUACGACAUGGCUAUCAGAUGCAGUGCACUGGAUAAGGAUAUUGAUAAUUUUGUUCAUGGAGACCUUACAGAGAUUGGUCAGAGAGGUCUGAACAUGAGUGGAGGACAAAAACAAAGGAUUCAGUUAGCAAGAGCAGUCUACAGUGAUGCAGAUAAUUACCUCCUUGAUGAUCCCUUCAGUGCAGUAGAUGCACACACUGCAGCUAUUCUCUUUCAUGACUAUGUGAUGUCUGCUUUAGAAAAUAAGACGGUCAUUCUUGUAACUCAUCAAGUUGAGUUUCUGGCUGAAGCUGAUGGAAUUCUGGUAAUAGAGGAUGGUGAAAUUACACAAACAGGAACCUAUGAGGAGCUUCUAACAUCAGGAACAGCGUUUGAGAAGCUUGUUAAUGCUCAUCAAUCUUCAUUGAUUACAUUAGAUUCUUCAUUCCAUGAGCAUGGAAGAAAUAAACAGCAAAAAGUAGAAGAUCACCUGAUAGUUACAGCUUUGCACUCGAUGAAACAAAACAGUGAGAAUGAAGUUUCAAGCAAAGGUAUUUCAGCUGUCCAACUAACUGAAGAUGAAGAAAAGGAAAUGGGCAAUGUUGGGUUGAAGCCAUACAAAGAUUAUUUCCAGGUUUCAAAAGGAUAUCUACUUCUCACUUUGGUUGUCUCCUCUCAGUUCAUCUUUGUUGGUUUGCAGAUUUUAUCAACCUAUUGGAUGGCAUUUGCCAGUCAAAUGAAUCAAAUUAGCGACAGCCUUUUAGUUGGAGUCUAUGCAGUAAUUUCAAUCCUUAGUUGCGUCUUUACACAUGUUAGAACUUUGCUAGUAGCAGAUCUUGGACUAAAAGCUUCAAGGUCUUUCUUCACUGCUCUCAUGGAUUCAGUGUUUAGUGCACCGAUGUCUUUCUUCGACUCAACACCGGUGGGAAGGAUUUUAACCAGGGCAUCUUCAGAUUUAUUUACAGUGGAUUUUGAUGUUCCAUACUCCCUUGUCUUCUUUCUAUCUGGUUUUGUUGAACUUUUAUCAAUAAUAAUAAUCAUGGCUACUGUGACAUGGCAAGUGUUAGUGGUAGCAUUUCCAGUUCUCAUCCUAGUUGCAUAUCUUCAGAAAUACUAUCUAUCAUCAGCAAGGGAGCUAGUGAGGAUCAAUGGAACAACAAAGGCUCCUGUUAUGAAUUAUGCAACUGAAUCCUAUCUUGGUGUUGUGACAAUAAGAGCUUUUGAGAUGACUGAGAUGUUUUUUGGGAACAACUUAAAGUUAAUAGAUAUUGAUGCAACUCUAUUUUUCCAUACCAUUGCUGCCUUGGAAUGGAUACUAAUAAGAGUGGAGCUUCUGCAAAACUUAACCAUAAUAACUUCAACUCUUUUCCUUGUUUUGGUUCCUCAUGGAUCCAUUUCUCCAGGAUUUUCAGGACUUUGUCUUUCUUAUGCGCUCAAUCUUUCGUCAUGCCAAGUGUUUACUACUCGUUUCUAUUCGUACGUUGAAAACUACAUCAUAUCAGUUGAGAGAAUCAAGCAGUUCAUGCAUAUCCCUCCAGAACCACCAGCAGUGAUUGAAGAUAGCAGACCACCAUCUUCAUGGCCCCUUGAUGGAAGAAUUGACUUUCAAAAUCUCAAGAUUAAAUAUAAGCCUACUGUUCCAUUUGUUCUCAAGGGAAUCACCUGUACAUUUUCAGCUGGAAAUAAGAUUGGAGUUGUCGGGCGUACCGGAAGUGGAAAAACAACUCUUAUAAGUGCUCUAUUUCGUCUGAUAGAUCCUGCUGAAGGGAGAAUACUUAUUGACAGUAUUGACAUUUGUUCUAUAGGGCUUAAGGAUUUGAGGAUGAAACUUAGCAUAAUUCCUCAAGAACCAACUCUUUUCAGGGGUAGUGUUCGAAGUAAUCUGGAUCCUCUUGGAGUUUAUACUGAUCAUGAGAUUUGGGAGGCCUUGGAGCGCUGCCAAUUGAAGUCCAUCAUUAGAAGCCUUCCUGCUCAACUUGAUUCCUCUGUGAGCGACGACGGGGAGAACUGGAGCGCAGGGCAACGACAACUCUUCUGCUUAGGCCGAGUCCUCCUCCGCAAGAACAAAGUUCUUGUUCUUGAUGAAGCUACUGCAUCAAUUGACUCUGCAACAGAUGCAAUUCUUCAGAGAAUUAUCAGGCAGGAGUUCUCUACCUGCACUGUGAUAACAAUAGCUCACAGGGUUCCAACUGUAACAGACAGUGACAUGGUUAUGGUUCUCUCCUAUGGAAAUGUUUUGGAAUUUGAGAAGCCCUCUAAGUUGAUGGAAUCUUCUGAAUCAGCCUUUGCUAAGCUUGUUGCAGAGUACUGGGCAAAUUAUAGGAAGGGCUCUUCUCAAUCUCUUGCAAACUUUUAAGGCAACCCAAUGUGAUGAAAGCCAUUUUUAUGCAAUAGAGUUUUACUGAUUGUCUAGGGUUUAGGGUGUUUGAAAAUCAUGGUCAUUGAUAUAUGAAUUCUGAUGUAUGAGAUUAUAAGAUCUGCAAUUGUUCUUCAAGUCUUUCAAAUCAAUUGUGAACACCCUCUUAUUUGUCUCUAAAUUUUUUGUCGGCUUCGGAUUGACCAAA